AUGGGACUCACUUGCAACCCUCCCAAGCCUGGCGAUGAAUCAUAUGAAAAGUUUUCAAAGGUAUGCUCCUAACUGUAACUUAACGCAGAGAAACUCACGCGCCUCGCGUGAUCAAAAUCAGUGCUACUUUAUUGCUCGUGUAAUUUUUUACAGGGGGCUCUGUCACGGCUGACUAGUUUAUAUGGUUGAUAAUGACAAUAACGAGUCAUUAUUCGCUAUGGAACUUGAGAACUUAGUACUUAGUUGUGAAUGACAAAAUUAAUAGCGUUGUAUUAUUCUUUUUUUCAACUUGUCUCUGGUGCUCAGGCUGUAACUAGUUCCAGGUUUUAACGAAAAUGUAACAAUUUGAACCGUAGCUUUUCAUGAUACAGUUAAAAGCAGGGAAUAAUACAAUACUUAGUCAGGUGACGCCUCUAAUGCCUGCCUGCCUGCCAUGGGAUAGCCGAUUUAACAAAUAACGCUUGUUCCUCUUACCCUAGGUACCAGAGGUUUUUCUCGCGGGUGGCGGGAUCCUUCGGCCCGCGGACGGAGCCACUACUGGAGAUAAAAAUUUGAAAAACCGGAAGCCGUGGCACGCAGGAUAGGUUUCCAUUGAUUCUUUUGCCCAAACAAAACAUCAAAUUCGAGUCUUACGCAGGUUAAGUUUGCCAAGUGUUGAAGUCGCUAAGGGACUAGGUCGGGGAGUAAACAAAAUGUCUAUUUUCUCCUGGAACAUUCGGCAAUCUUCUUAUAAAUGUAUAGAAAAUGAUCUUUAAUUGCGACGCACUAAGGAAAUCUAUACAGGUAAUUACCUUCAGUAUUCCCGUAUCUUGCUUAAUGCAUUAUUUUGUGUUUUAUCUGUUUUACAGGAAGUAAAAUCCAUCAAGGAUUCUUACAGGAAGAAAGCAAAGAUGACAACAGAGGUUCUUAACUCAAUGGAAAAUGUUAAGUGUAACGAGGUGGCAGGUGCAAUGUAUGCGUUUCCGAGGAUAACACUUCCAAAGAAAGCUAUCGAGGCAGCCAAGGUAUCAUGUCUUGUUUCCGGUCCUGAUUUCUAGUGCUACACUGCAGAAUACUGUCAGUAAUGGAUAUCCUACGGUACCGUACGGUGUACGGUAAUCCGAAUUCCGGAAUCCGGGAAUUUUUUACGUGUGGAAUCGGGUAGGUGUACGGUAAUCCGAAUUAGAAUACUGUCAGUAAUGGAUAUCCUAGGUGUACGGUAAUCCAUAAUCCGGAACCCGGGGGGAUUUUUUACUUGUAGACUGAUCCGGAAUCAGUUCUGGUGUUUGAAAUUCGGAAUUCAGACCCGGUUGUUCAAAAGAUGGGUAGCGCUAUCCACCGAAUAAAUCACUACAAUAUUAACAAUACCUUUUAUUCGCCUUGUACUUAGUUAAUUACAUACACACAUGAAAGAGAAAAAAAAACAUAUAUAUGGAUAUUUAUUUGUACUUAAAAAGGCCUGGAGCUGAAAUAAUCCUAAGAUUUUCUAGCCAGUUCUCUAGAAUUUAAAGUUUUAGAGAAUUGAGAUACAAUUUAUUUCCAAAGAAGCAGUUUUAAAAUACAAUGUAUUAAGAAAGAAAGAGUAUAUGCUUAAGUUAUGUUAACUAUGUUGUUCUGACAGCAAAUAAGGUUUCAGUUGUUUUUGGAAUUGGUAUGUGUUUAGUUCUUUAAGAGUUAUGGGAAUUUUGUCCCAGAUGGUACAUGUAGCAUAUCCGAUUGUUUGUUUCCCCGUAUUAGUUCGCACUUUUUUUACGUAAAGAUUCUGUUUCGAUGCAUAUCUGGUAUUGUAUUUGUGCACAUUACUGGCAUAUUGAAAAUAGUUUGAGAACAGCUUUUAUCCGAUGGAUAAGUAUGAGCGAAACCAAUUGCACUAUCCACUGGAUAGAGAUUUAUCCAGUGGAUUGCGUUAUCCAGCUUUUGAACAGCUGGGGCCUGCUCUAUAUAUGAAGCCCGAAAUCUCGCUAACGAUUGGAAUCUGGAAUCCACGUUUCAUGGACAAGGUAUAUUGAAUCCAGUACCCGUCAUCCCGGAUUUACAACAUAAAAUCCGGAAUCCACAACGUGCGAUCAAGAAGCCUAGAUUCUCGUUGAUGCACCUUAUAUUAGAAGAAUGCCAACCCGUUUCCCGCCGUGUCAGUUUUCUCAAAAGGCGUUCUUCGAUUAGAAAAAGUGAAAGGGACGCUAUAGGCUCCCAUAUUAUUCAGGCUGCUGAUAAUGUCCCGGGGAAACUAAAAUUUCACUUUCUCAACUUUCCAAAUUGCAUUCCUAAAUUCCAUAUGUCGUAUCGAUCUAGUAACAGCUCCCAGUGAAGGCUUCAUCGAGGGAUUCUUUGAAAUACAGAUAUUCCCGUCACAAGGAAAGUAUGUAUGUGGUCUGUUUGGUGAGCGAAGUAAAAGGAUUUUGGGGUGGACAAAAGUAAUGUGUAAAUAUUUUUUGAGUUAACUAAGUUGUUUGUAUAAUUGUCAUUGUUAUUUAGGCCAAGGAAAUGCCACCAGACGAGUUUUACUGUUGGCAGGCGCUGGAGAAAACUGGAAUUUACAUGAUUCCUGGCCACGUUUUUGAUAUGAAAGGCAGCGGUAACAACUUUUACUACAGGUGAGAUUUGAAUUAACAAGGGCCAUCAACUUCAGGUCGGAAUUUUGAUGAUUUCAAAAACGUCUGUGUUAUAUCAUUUGCGCCCUUGUGUCACAAGGUUUUCACAGGCUUGACUACUAUAUUUAGAUUGAUUGGAUUGACUGCACCUUUAAAUUUGAAGAGACCCCUCUUUCCCCCCAACCCCGAAAAAUUCUGCCCUUUUACCACAGGAACACUAAAUUAGGAUGCGUUCUGACGAACGCAAUAAGGGUAUACACAGAUCGGCUCAUAGCCGGGGUGAUGGGGUCUUAGUGGAUGGCCUGCAACUGGGAUAAAGUUGGUAUGUACAAAUAGAAGGGCUUACAACCGGGAUUAUACGGUAUGGACCAGAGCUUAGACUUACAUAGGAAAUUAAAGGCGUCCUAAAAGCAACUUGUCUGUAAAAGCGACGUUCUGUCAGCGUGUGAAAGUCUGAUGAAAUUGGACCAAGUUUUAUCACCACGUUAUGGGUUAAAAUAAUCCAAAACGUUUUGAUUUUUCAGACCCACUAUCCAUACGAAGGAAAUAACUUUAAACGGUUUCAUGUUUUAAUCUUUCUUGGUAGGAUCACUAUUCUUCCUUCUGAAGAGACGUUCGCUCCAAUGUUUGAGCGACUAAGAACCUUUCACCAAGAAUUCAUGGCGCAGUUUAAGGACACGAACUGA